UAUAAACUCAACCGAACAAGAACAAUCCCAAACAGCCAAACGUCUCGCAACUUGUCAAGACACUUUGAAAAAUCGACUGAGUUGUCCGGAGAAGGAUCAAGCAUUGGAAAAAGUGAGAACUCGAACCAUGACUUCCUUGGAGCUGGAUGAAUGGACGUAUUCGGCAAAAAACGCCUCUUGGUACAAGGCUAUCGAUCAAGUCAUGAAAUUUGAUGAUGCCGUGGCAUACUGUGCGAGCCAAAAGGGCCAUUUGGUCUCAAUUCACAGUCAGGAAGAGAACCAUUUUGUUCAGAGACUAGGU